AUGUAUCCCGAAGACGAGGAUGCACUCUUGUCCAUCCAACUCCUCUGCUUCACUAUUUUCUGCGCAGUAUCCAGCUAUCUCCUAUGGCGAUACAUUAGUUUGAAGCCUAUGAAACAAGAUGAGGAGCAGCCUGUAUUCCUGGAUAUAAAUGCUCUUGGAGAUCGACCGAGGGUUCAAUAUUUCCCUUCUUACGGCCGUGAGAAUGCUGCGGCGCAUUCAGUUGUCUAG